GUGAAUCACAACUCUUAAAGUAAGCGUCGAUAGCGAAAGCACGUUGCGCUCCGGUCCAUCGUUCCAUCGUGACUAUUUAACCCGCACGCCGAACGCGUCGAUCAAGAUCUCUCCGCACUUCGCGUGUACGGUCGCCGCGUAAUUCAAAUUUGAAACGUGAACUUUGGCCACUGGACACGCUGUAGUUUAAAGGGGCGAAGAUGAAGGCGUUUACACCGAUUACAGCAAUCAACAGUUCAGUUGACAGUAAAUCGAUCGAUUAAGGACACUCAAUCGGUGCUGCAGAUAUCUCAUGAUCACGAUUUUUAAAGAAGCGUUGGUUUACAGACAUGGAGAUCGAGCCCCAAUAAAGCCAAUUCCAACGAGUAAGUACUGCGAUCCAUCUUACUGGCCAAUGGGAUUCGGUCAUUUGACAAAGUUUGGUAUAGAAAGACAGUACGAUCUAGGAAAGUGGUUGAGGAAACGCUACGACUUCUUACUGUCCCCAACUUAUAAAGCAAGCGAGAUAUACGUGAGAUCUACAGAUGAAGACAGGGUUUUAAUGUCAGCGUACUCAAAUCUUGCAGGAUUGUACCCACCACAGGGCUCACAAGUAUGGAACGACCGCAUCUUCUGGCAGCCGAUCCCAGUCCAUACGAUACCAAGAAACAUAGACGACGUAAUAGUGGAAAAGAGGUCGUGUCCAAAGUACGAUACUCUAUUGAAGGCCACAAUCAAAUCGGACUACUUCAGCAGGAUUAACGACAAAUAUGCGGACCUGUAUAAAACUAUAUCUAAUUGGACAGGUAUCGACGUGAGCGAUGUUGAAGAUAUCAAAUUGAUCAGAUCGACGCUGUAUGCUAUCAAAAGCUACAAUGCCACUUAUCUGCCGGAAUGGGAGAAAGAUAUGAACUGGCACUUGAUAGAUAAUCUUGCCGGUCUAGCAUACUUCAGAUACACAUCAACCCCCACAAUGAAACGUCUGAAGUCCGGUCCAUUCUUCCAUUACUUGCUCAACCACCUGGACCUCGCUACCUCAACGAACCGAGCGUCUCCAGCUCCGAAGAUGCUGAUGAUUUCGGCUCACGACACAUCCUUGUCCGGCAUAUUGAACUCGAUGGGCGUUUUCGAUGGAUACCCUCCAGAUUUCGCGGCAACUGUUAUAUGGGAGUUGAAAAAAAGACGAAACGGAGAACGCUAUAUUAAUCUUUAUUUCAAGUCAGAGAAAGGGUUAGAGAGGCUGAGGAUUAUAGGGUGUGAGAUCGAUUGUGAUUAUGGGACGUUUAAAGACAUCAUGCAGAAUGUUGCAAUUAGUAUAGGAAGCUGGGCGAAAGAAUGUAAUAGACUGUCGGAAAAGUUCGUCUGAAUGUUAAGAAGGCGUAGGGGUCUUCUGGCUUAUAACUGCUAUACUAUAACUAUCUAAAACUGUAAUGACUCAUCGAUGUUCACGUGAACAUCACUUAACAACCAGUAGUCGGCUGUUCAUAGGCGGGGUAUGAAUGUUUAACAUGGGUGAACUAGAUUUGUCACAUGCUUAAUAAAGAGUGGUUUGAAACAUAUUGUAAGUCAAAAAUUUUGGAAUUACCUUUAUUCAUCGUCGCUUCCACUUACACCUGUCAGUAAUAAACUGUCGCUAUCGCUUUCCUCGUUGAAAUUGACUAUAACUGGCUCUAUGAUGGUGUCGAUGUGGUGGUCAAGCUGUCACAUUUUUGUUUCUUCCUUCACAACAUGACGGAUAGCAUUCUGCCAAGCUUCGGGCGUUACUAGCUGUAUGGAAGUCUCAAGUAAAACCUUAACGUCUGGUAAUUUGAAGGUUGUGUUAUGGCGCGCAAUAUAACCCUUCACUUGAGUCCAGAUGAGCUCUAUUGAGUUCAGUUCGCAGUGUAGGGCGGUAACCGCAGCACAGUGACACCACAUUGACGGGCCAUCUCAUCAGUCACGUUACUAAUGUUCGCAGGUUUGUGCUGUUUACUUUUUUCAUACAAUUCCGCUUUCACACAUGAAUCGUCAAACGGGAUUGCUUUUUCGCGCAACCAUUGCUGCAUGUCACUUUUUCGAGAUCCCAUAGUCGGUACACGUUCGGCUCGACGACUAUGGUAGGAAGCAUUAUCCAUGACGAUCACAGAGUUGGGCUCAACUCGCUGAAGCACCCCUUGAAACCAGCUCUCGAAGCAGCUGGCAUUCAUUCCGGCAUGGCAAUCACCUCCUUUCUUAGAGACGAAAUCAAGUCGCACUCUUCUAAAAAGCCACUAUCGCUACCAAUAUGAGUUACGAUCAAUCUUUGACCUUUCGCUGACGGUCCACGAAGACCUGUUAACAAACCUUCAAUGCUUGCUUGUCGGUUACUCACUACGUUUUUGUCUAUCUAGGUUUUUUAACUGUGUCACCUGCAUUUACCCAUGUCUCGUCCAAUAAUAGAUUUUUCUGCUUUGUCGCCUAUAUUCAAUCAUUUCGCGUAGGUAUUUUCGACGCCAGGCGACUAUUUCAGGUCUCUCUAUCAAUACUGACUUCCGAUUACGCGUUUCGUAACGAAAAUUAAUUUCGUGCAGGGAUUUCCUCAUUACCUCGACGCUCAUUUGGGGUAUAAUUUCAUUUUACUUGAUCGCUGCAUGUACAGCCUUGAGGGUUGGUAUCUCAUUCCUAAAGAAGAAUGAAUGUGCGGUUCGCCUUAAAGCCAUUUUGCUAUCGUCAUCCAAUUUAACGGCCUUUCGUCCCUUCAAAUUAAACUUUGGAUCAGUAGUAGCUCCAGUUUUCUUCUUUUCAUGCACCACCCUGCGAAUGGUCCACUCUGGAACGCCUGUCAUUUCUUUCGCGUCCCUCUUCAGUGCUUUACGAAGCCGUCUACUUGUUCCCUGGCUUUCAGUACUUCCACUCGUGCCAUUUGUACUCUCCAUGGUUAAGUAUAACCAAAACAGUAACCACAGAAAUCACAGCAAUAACAAUCACACAACAAUUCUUAUAAAAACACACAAUAUGCGAUCGCUCAACGAAACACGUUCCAAUGCGUUGCCGACGCCUAUGAGUCUGCCGGUCGAGGCGCGCCUUUGAUUUCAUUGGUUCUACCGGCGGAGAACAAUCAGCCAUUAUUUCCAUCUCUGUCUGUGCUGUUGACCACCGCAAAGCUACAGAAACGACAUAUGUCGUACGCUAUACGGCUGUACUGGAAGGAAGCCGGGAUCGAGCUCUGAUCACGUGUUGAUCACGCGUAUGAGUCAUUACAAUUUUAAAUAGUUGUAGUAUAGACGUCUGUACUGUGUACAAAAUGGUCAUCCCGUCAAGUAUACAAGGUAUUCACAAAGCUUCAGCAAUGACAUUCUAUUAUUUAUGCAUUAAUAGACAGUCUGAACUCAUGUUGAUCGCGUACUUUGCUUUUCGUGUGUCUGAACUAAAUUUAUAUCCCUCCAAAUGUUGCUUAGGUUAGCUCAAUAUUAAUAGCUUCAGUCUAUACAUUCAAGUUGCUUCAGUGAAAAAAUACAUACGAAUAUGUAAAUUGCAAGGAUUCUACCCCUACUAAUUCUCAUACCAAUUGUCUUAUCGAAUAACAGCCCCUGUUAGGCUGGAUUUAAGUAAAUAGUAUUUAUUAUAUAUCAUAGCGUUUACAUGUUAUGAAUAGGUACAUUCUGUGAAUUUAUCAUCGCACUAUAAUUUAAAUAAUGUGACUAUGUAAUUAAUAAAUGAAUAUUUACACUAAAUAUUUAUGUAAUAUGGAAAUAUA